AUGAGUCGGCUGUGUGUGUGCGCGCGUGCGCGUGUGCGCGCGUGCGCGUGUGUGCGCGCGUGUGCGCGUGUGUGCGCGCGUGUGUGCGCGCGUGUGCGCGCGUGCGCGCGUGUGCGCGCGUGUGCGCGCGUGCGCGUGCGUGUGCGCGCGUGCGCGUGUGUGCGCGCGUGUGCGCGCGUGCGCGUGUGUGCGCGCGUGUGCGCGUGUGUGCGCGCGUGUGCGCGCGUGCGCGUGUGUGCGCGCGUGUGCGCGCGUGCGCGUGUGCGCGCGUGCGCGUGUGUGCGCGCGUGUGCGCGCGUGCGCGUGUGCGCGCGUGCGCGCGUGCGCGCGUGCGCGUGUGUGCGCGCGUGCGCGUGUGCGCGCGUGCGCGUGUGUGCGCGCGUGUGCGCGCGUGUGCGCGCGUGCGCGUGUGCGCGCGUGCGCGUGUGUGCGCGCGUGUGCGCGCGUGCGCGUGUGCGCGCGUGCGCGUGUGUGCGCGCGUGUGCGCGCGUGUGCGCGCGUGCGCGUGUGUGUGCGCGCGUGCGCGUGUGUGUGCGCGCGUGUGCGCGCGUGCGCGUGUGUGCGCGCGUGUGCGCGCGUGCGCGUGUGUGCGCGCGUGCGCGCGCGUGCGCGUGUGUGCGCGCGUGCGCGUGUGUGCGCGCGUGUGCGCGCGUGCGCGUGUGCGCGCGUGUGCGCGCGUGCGCGCGUGUGCGCGCGCGUGUGCGCGCGUGCGCGUGUGUGCGCGCGUGUGUGCGCGCGCGUGCGCGCGUGUGCGCGCGCGUGCGCGCGUGUGCGUGUGUGCGCGCGUGUGCGCGCGUGCGCGCGCGUGCGCGCGUGCGCGUGCGUGCGCGCGCGUGCGCGCGCGUGCGUGGGUGCGCGUGCGGGUGCGCGCGCGGGUGCGCGUGCGGGUGCGCGUGCGGGUGCGCGUGCGGGUGCGCGUGCGGGUGCGCGUGCGGGCGGCCCGGCCGGCGGGACAGCGCAGCGCAGCGGCGGGGCGAGGCGGGGCGGCAGCCCGGCUGUCGAUCAGCGCCACCCGCCACUGAGCGCUCCCUCGCAGCCGCCGCGCGUCACCUCGCCUCCGCGUAG